ACAUGUGGCAAUCUUAGUCACAAUUAGCGCACUGCUUGAACACAUUACGAUUACAGAGUGAAUCAAACAUGAAAAGCUGGUUGGGCAAUGGCCGCUCAAAAUUAAUAUAAGAAUGGAACAUGGAUCUAGAGUUCCGGCUUAGGUGGCCCCAAAGGUGCUAUUCCAACGAUUUAGUUGUGUUUCUAGUCGGGAUAGGCGCCUACAAUGUGGUUACUGCUUUCAUGAUUGUCUAUUAUCAUAUUAACUCACCAUUACGGAACCUGCAUAUUCCGCCUCUAAUGGAUCCAAUUCAAUUAGGACCCAACCAAGAUUCAUCCAUGGAUAAACAGUGCCAAUGCAAGAAAAUUGAGACCACGCUGGAAGAGAGUGCUUGUAGCGAUUUUUCCGCCACCAGAGGGCCAAAUCAAAGAGUGAUUUCGUUCAGCCUAUUUGGUGUUGAUAAUCCCAAAUAUAAGUUGCAAGACCUGAGGGAUAAUCUUCAAGACUUACCAAAAUUUUAUCCGGGCUAUGUGAUGCGCAUUUACCAUGAUCGCGUAAAUGUGUCCGCCCUUUGCGAUUUAUUUUGUCACAAUGAUCUCUUGGAUUUGUGUUACGCCGGUGAUAUAGUAAUAACCCAUGGUGUGAUGCUCAACGAAAAAUUUGGCAUGCUUUGGCGAUACAUUCCCUUGCUCGAUCCGUUGGUCAGCGAAUUUCAUGCCAGGGAUCUCGAUUCUCGAUUCUUAAACCGUGAGGUUCAAUCUGUGAGGGAUUGGCAAAGAUCCGGAAAGAGCCUACACAUCAUGCGAGAUCACCCCAGUCACAAUGCAGUGAUUAUGGGUGGCCUAUUUGGGAUGAGGAAAACAAUCGAGAAUCAGCCCUUGAUCGCCAAUAUCCUUCAUGUCAUCUUGGAAAAGGCUUACAAGUGUCAUAUGCGACAACUGGACCAGUACUUACUCAAACUAUAUCUUUGGCCAACAUUUCAACACGAUUCUUUCAUUCAAGAUAGCUACCAUUGCCAUUGGCACCAAGAUAUCCAACCAUUUUCAACCCGACGUGUUCCAGGAAGAGGAAGGAACUUUUUAGGUUCCACUGAUGAUUCCGAUGUAUUAAACCAAUCAUGUCCCAUUCAAUGCCGUCCAAAAGAAAAUAAAGACUGGACGAUAUGCUAAUUUGAAAGGGUCAGCUAGUUAAUUCUAGAGACCUCUAGUUA